AUGUCUGAUCCCACCAUCAAUAGCCCCGACAACGGUGCUCAGAAGCGCAAAAGGUCCGGUUCCGAGGACCUGGGACCUGAUGCGCAGCGUCUGAACCGAUCUUCUCACGGAAGUAACGGCAGCAUGGAUAACCAGCACAACUUUGGUCACGGCAGCCUGGGCAACUAUGAUCACGGACUACCCAACACUGGCUCUGAGCUCAAUAUCGAUCAGCAAAUUCUCCAGCAUGUUGGUCCUCAGAACGGCCUGUCGGACGAUAAUGCUCUGACUGCCAAUGCCAAGGCAGCCCUGGCGGCCCACACUCCUCAACACAAAUACCCGCCUCCCCCUGAUGCUGGGUUCGAUGCCAGCAACCUCACCCAGGGUCUGCCCCAGGGCAUGUCCUUUGGUGAUGAGAUGAACCAGCCUCCCAUGGGUGGUGGCCACAAUCACAGCUCCACUGCCGCUGCCGUCUACGCUGCGCGUGAGGCACAGAGUAUGAACUCAAAGCCUACCGUCGGUUCCCCUGAGUGGCACCAGAUUCGCAAGAACAAUCACAAAGAAGUUGAACGUCGUCGCCGUGAAGCGAUAAAUGAAGGCAUCAACCAGAUUUCUCGUCUCGUGCCGAAUUGCGACAAAAACAAGGGUGCCAUCCUCCAACGCGCCAUUGAAUACAUUCUUCAACUGCAGGGGGAAAAGAAGAACAUCGAUGAGCAGUUCGAAAAGCACAGUCUGACUGCCAACCAUGCCAUCACCGAGAUUAGUAACUCUAACGCCAAGCUGAAGGGUGAGCUUGGCCGUCGCAACGCCAUUGCUCUCAAGUGGCUCUCACGUUGCCGCGAUGCUGGUCUUGAGUUCGAUGACUACGAGGAGUCAAAAGAGCUUGAGAAUCUGGAGAUGGAUUAG